AUGCGACAUUCUUUCUUCCUUAUUUUUUGUUUCUUUUUUAUCUCGAUCUCUUCUUUUUCAUUCUUUAUUUUCUUCAUUUCGAUAUUCCUCUCCUUAUCGAUUUUUAAAAUAAUAUUUAUAUUACUUUCUAUUGCGUUAUUUUUCUUGUUUUUUCUUUAUUUUGUUACUCUUCAAUUUUUUUUUUACUUUUCUGUCUUGCUCAAUUUCUUCCUUAUUUUCCCUUUAUUAUUAUAUUCUUCAUAUUCUCAAGAAUUUCUCUUUUUCUAUCUCAUUUUAUUUCUUUGUUCCAUUUUUCUGUAUUCCUUUUUCCCAUUUUUCCAAUUCAUUCAUGCAUACAUUCACUCAUUUCUUCUUUCUUUCUUAUUUUUCUCUCUUUCUUUCUUUCAUCAAAUCUGUCCUUCUAAAUUGCUUUUAAUUUAUAUUUAUCUUUCGCUUUCAUUUUCUAAUUUUUAUCAUUCUUACAUUUUUUUUCUUUCUUAUAGUUCCUUGCCUACCGUUCGGUCUUUUUCUUUUUUUCUUUCUGAUAUUAUUUUAGUCCUUCUUACGCCCCUUAUUCCCUUUCACAUUUGUUUAUUCAUUCCUUUAUUCUCUUAUUCUUUCUUAUAUUAUUUAAUUCCUUUCUACUUUUCAUCCUCCUUAUUUCUUUUCCUUAUUUAUUCCUUUAUUCGUUCAUUCCUUCUUAUAAUUCCUUCCUACUUCCCUUCUUCCUUAUUCCUUUUCUUUAUUCAUCCCCUCAUUCGCUCAUUCUUUCUUAUAUUACUUAAUUCCUUCCUACUUCGCUUCUUCGUUAUUCCCUUUCUUUAUUCAUUCCUUUAUACGCUUAUUCUUUCUAAUAUUACUUAA